AUGACCUCGGGUCGGGGCCUCCUCCCUCUGCCCAACGUCGCGAAGUGGCAGGAACAAUUCGCGCGCCAACCUUUCGCGCGUCGCCGGUAUCUUCUUGCUGUCGUUGGACUUGUUCUGCUAUAUCUCGGCUAUGUGAACACCUGGCGCUUGACCGCGGAUAUACCUCCAGACUACCGUGCAUGGCACGAAUUCGAGCUUGCACUUCCACAGAACAAUCCCGACCUGGCCUACCCUCAAGGAAAAGCCGGCAAAUACGUUCGGGUCUCUAAUCACGUCACUAAGCUCGGCUGGGGAAACCAUAUACAAGAAAUGAUCAUGAAUGCUCAUAUGACCUUCGAGUCGGGUAGGACGUUCGUGUUCUAUAACUGGACCUGGGACCCCAAUACUCGAUACCACUAUACUACUUUCGGCAGUCACUAUUCGCCUGCCAGGAUACCCAUCACCGCGUACGUCGAAGGUCCCAUAGCGGGAGGUCCCUUUCCCGACCAACAUAACGUGUCACCCGCCGUAUCUUGGGAGUUCUUCGACCAAGUGUGCCCAAACCCGGCCCGGAUCGACGUGGACCCAAACAGCGGCCCUCUCGCAUGGGCGUCUGCGCGUACCAUCUCCAAUCACUACGCGGAACAGAUUCGCAACAUUGACAACCACUGCGUCGAGUUUGUGUCUAAACAGGACAAGCCCAUCUUCGACUAUAUUCUAUUUGGCGAUGGUGGCCGUCUAUCGGACGUAUGGGAAGAGCUCAUAAUGUCGCCCAUCGUGACAGAAUGGAAAUGGUCCCCGCUUGUCAUGUCAAUCGCAGAGCAGAAUCGUGAUCUCAUUCACCCGGCGCUAGAGACCGGCGCAUCUCAACAUGCAUCGCUGCCCGGCCUUAUCGCACUGCACAUUCGGCGCGGUGACUACCCCAAUCACUGCAAGUAUCUACGGAAGCAUCAUGCGCCCUUCCACGGCUUCAACCAACGAUCCGACUUCGCCGACCACUAUCCGCUGCCUCCAGACGAGCGUUGGGCGGCCGAGUCGCAAUCGUAUUACGACACCCACUGCAUACCGGACACCAGUAAGAUGGUUGAGAAGGUCAUGCAGGUUCGAUCUGCGCAUACAGGCCAGGGCACACUUGACCGAGUGUACAUCCUCACAAACGGCGACCGUGCGUGGCUGCGCGAGUUCGAGGACGCGUUGCGAGCCCGCGCGACCUGGGCCAGCAUUCACUCCAGUCGCGAUUUGGCCCUCAAUCUGGAGCAGAAGUUUGUAGCUCAGGCCGCAGACAUGAUGGUUGCGACGCGUGCGGAGGUCUUUGUUGGGAAUGGGUUCUCGAGUUUAACCUCAACGGUCAACCUACUUCGUGUUGCUCAGCGCCGGUCACCUCAUACAACGCGUUUCUGGUAG